AUGCUGCUAAUUGGCCUCACAGGUGGUAUUGCGUGUGGGAAGUCCACGGUAGUGGCGAUGCUGGAGAAGCAGCAUCAGCUUCCAGUGAUUGACGCGGAUCGCGUAGUACGGGACCUGCAGCGCCCUUUCAUGCCGUGUACACGCAAGAUCGCGAGACGGUGGCCGGAGUGUGUAGACCCUCAAACAGGUGAGCUUGACCGGGCCGCUUUGGGGGGCAUCAUCUUUCGUGAUCCGCAGGCUCGCCGCGAACUGGAACGCAUCAUGCAUUUUCCCAUUUUUUCUGCCAUAAUGGCGUCAGUGCUGCGGCUUUGGUGGCAGAGCACGAAACAACGUUUGAGGGGCGAGGGGCCACUUCUCGUGGUACUGGAUGUACCACUCCUAUUUGAGACUAAAGUAUACAGCUGGUUUAUCGACGCUGCGGUGGUUGUGGGAAGUACGGAGGAGCUGCAAGUUGCCCGCCUCACGAAGCGCAACGGGCUCACGCGAAAGGAGGUGUUGCAGCGCAUAGGAGCUCAGAUGCCGGUAGAGGAAAAAUGCAGACGUGCUGACUACGUCAUCUGCAACACCGGCACCCUGUCGGAACUCGCGUGUUCCGUCAACGACUGCGUAGACUGGAUGCGGCGACAGUCUGGCUGCAGGAUGAAUAUCAUUGUGCUUUCUACUCUCGUGUGCGUCGCUGCGUGUCUCGCGUCUGCGGGGCGUCUGCUUCGUCGUCUGCUUUGCUAA